AUUUAGAGAGCGUAUUCGGGAUCGGUCAUUGUUAACUUUGCGACUCUCAAGAGUUUUGUCAAAGUAAUUAUCAAUUUUUAGUGACCUUUUUUUCGCUCUUGGCACGAAGUUAAUUUUCACCUGUUAAACACCACUCUCUUUCUUUCGACGUUACUGUUUGCACAAGUUCUGUGGUAUAAAUAAUGAAAGGGCGUCAUCAAUUUCGCCGUCGCUUCAGCUUACAACCUGCAGCACACUUGAAAGAAGGACAGGAAGAUGGAACAACAAAAAAUGUCAGAAAUGAAAAACUAACGGAAUCGGACAGUGAUAGUGGAAAGUCGUCUGAAAGUUCAGUUCGGCACAAAAUUGUAGUGAUGGGUGCAGCAAAAGUCGGCAAGUCUGCAAUCAUUAAUCAAUUCCUGUAUAAUACUUUCACCCCAAAAUAUAAGCGGACUGUCGAAGAGAUGCAUCAUGGGAAUUUCAACGUUUCUGGAAUCCAUUUAUUACUCGAUAUUCUCGAUACGUCCGGCUGGUAUGAAUUCCCUGCGAUGAGAGAGCUUUAUAUCAAAUCGGCUGGCGCCUUUAUUUUAGUUUACGACGUAAAUGAUUCAAACACAUUUCUCGAGGUAAAAACACUCCGCGCCCAGAUAUACAGCACAAAAGGGGCAGUUCCGAUUGUGGUCGUUGGUAACAAAAUCGAUCUUGUAAAGACAGAAAAAGAGGUGGACACCGAAAGGACUAAAGAAUUUGUAACCACGACUUGGAAAAAUGGCUUUGUAGAAGUGUCUGCGAAGGACGAUCUCAAUAUCUCUCAAAUAUUUAAGGAACUUCUUAUCCAAGCGAAGUUGAAAUAUGAUUUGAGUCCGGCAUUGCAACAUCGCCGUCGACAAUCUUUGCCGCCUCCGCAACAUUCAAACUCGCGCAGCAGCAGUAGUAGCCACGUGCCAUCCGCGACUCAAUUACAACAUUUGCAACAAGUUCGUGAGCGUUCCGAUUCCAAAAGGAAUUCCUGUAGCCUAUCGUAA